AUGGACGAGAACGACAACGACAUCGCCAUGGAUGGCGAUGACCAACCCCUGGACGACGGACACCCGACGAAUGGUUUCCUCGACCCACGAGAGCUAAUCGAGCAGGAGGACCAAGAUGCCUCUCCACAAGGCCAGAGUGCCGACGAUGGAGAUGAAGAGGCUCGCGAGGGUUACGACCCUGCAGGGUAUCCCCAAGCCCUCCGCCGGCGUGGCCUGCUGCCUACCGGUUGCUGUUAUGACGAUCGCAUGAAACUGCAUGCAAACGCCGACUUCGGUCCUAAUCCACACCACCCAGAGGACCCUUCGCGGAUCGAGUAUAUCAUGAAGACCUUCAAGAAGGCUGGACUGGUGUAUACCGGCUCCGAUGCCGAGCUGAUCAACAUCAUCCAGACCUGCCCGACCAAGUACAUGUGGAGGAUCCCUGCCAGAGAAGCCACCAAGGAAGAGAUCUGCGUCGUCCACCAUCCCAAUCACUACUUCUGGGUUGAGGAGCUCUCAAACAAGCCCACCCACGAGCUCCGUCGCCUCACCAAAAUCAUGGAUCAGGGUAGAGAGUCGCUAUAUGUUGGUAGCAUGACCUUCGAAGCCUCCCUCGUCUCUGCUGGCGGAGCCAUCGAGACUUGCAAGAGCGUUGUCGUCGGCUCCGUCAGGAAUGCGUUCGCCAUCAUCCGCCCGCCAGGACACCACGCUGAGUUCGAUCAGCCCAUGGGUUUCUGUCUCUUCAACAACGUCCCCAUUGCAGCCAAGAUCUGCCAAGCAGACUAUCCUGACCUGUGUCGCAAAAUCCUCAUUCUGGACUGGGACGUCCACCACGGCAACGGCAUCCAAAACAUGUUCUACGACGACCCCAACAUCUUGUAUGUCUCCAUCCAUGUCUACCAGAAUGGCUCCUUCUACCCCGGGAAGCCCGACAACCCGAUGACGCCCGACGGCGGCAUUGAGCAUUGUGGAGCAGGAGCAGGUCUUGGGAAGAACAUCAACAUCGGCUGGCAUGAACAAGGAAUGGGGGACGGCGAAUACAUGGCGGCUUUCCAGAAGAUCGUCAUGCCCAUCGCGCAAGAGUUCAGUCCGGAUCUGGUCAUCAUAUCGGCUGGGUUCGACGCGGCCGAUGGCGAUGAGCUGGGCGGCUGUUUCGUAACCCCCGGUUGCUACGCCCACAUGACACACAUGCUCAUGUCUCUCGCUGGCGGGAAGGUCGCCGUCUGCUUGGAGGGCGGCUACAAUCUGGAUGCCAUUUCGCAGUCCGCCCUGGCCGUCGCCAAGACUCUCAUGGGCGAGCCCCCGCCAAAGCUGGAGUUACCCAAGCUGAACAAGGAGGCAGCUAAAGUCCUGGCUAAGGUCCAGGCCUAUCAAGCGCCAUACUGGGAGUGCAUGCGACCCGGCAUUGUUGACGUCCAGGACAUGCAGACCCAGGGAUCGAGUCGACUCCAUGACGUUGUUCGUACAUCACAGCGGCAGGUCCUCUCGGAGAAAUAUGGCAUGUACCCGCUAUAUAUCCAGCGGGAUUCGCUGUUUAGAUCCUUCGAGAACCAAGUCCUCGUGACCAGGAACAUACACGCGGCGAAGAAGAUCCUGCUGAUUGUCCAUGAUCCCCCCGAACUACAUGCACAGCCAGACCCUAUCGAUAACACCGUCGAGCCUCAUAAUGCUUGGGUUACGGACGGCGUCGCGCAGUAUGUGGACUGGGCUGUCCAGGAGAAGUUUGGUGUGAUAGACAUCAACGUCCCACACUACAUCACACGCCCCGAAGACACAGAAUCGUUCACGCCGUCGAUAGACGAGCGAACUCUCCAGGCACAAGUUCAAGAACUGAUGUGCUAUGUAUGGGACAAUUACCUACAGCUCUACGACGCCGCCGAGGAAAUCUUCCUUAUGGGGGUUGGAAAUGCAUACCUUGGAAUCAAGGUUUUGCUCAUAAGCCGAGGCAUGCCAGCACCGGUCUCUUUUGCAAUACAGGACUUCUUGGCUAACAUAUUGAACCCAGAUGUCAAAUCCCGAAUCUCGGGCGUAGUAAAUUUUGUGGACGGGAAUCUACGGCCGGUCAAGUCCGAUGUGGACCACGAUCUCUCGUCAUGGUACAAGGAGAACUCGCAAGUCUUUGUAGCCAACGACCACGCGUGCUGGGCAGACCCGGACCUGACGCGGAAGGUGAUGAAGCGGCGGUUUGGCACCGUGAAGCGGAGUUCGGUUAGCGGGUUGACGCGGAUGAUGAAGGAGCAUGCCACAGAUGCGCAGCAAUGGAUCAUGGCCCGUGUUGCGGAGAACACUAGCGAUGCCACCGAGGACGAGAAGAUGGUCUGA